AUGCACGUAAAAGAUCUACAAGGCAGUCUUCCUCCCGUGGGAGAUGAAGGGACCGGCCGAAGCAGCAAGUUAGAAAAGCAGAUACCCAGAACCGGUAGACCUGUAGAGGUGGGGAUGUCGCUAUCACUCUGGCUUCAGACGGUCAGGAACAAUCCUCUUCUGAAUCACCGAACCACAGAGGAGCUGCCGAAGACAGCGGAUGUAGUGAUCAUAGGAUCUGGAGCUACGGGCUCUUUGACUGCAUUGUCCUUGCUACAAAGUCCCAAUCCUCCCAAAUCAGUAGUGCUGCUAGAAGCACGAGAGUUAUGUUCCGGAGCCACCGGAAGGAAUGCUGGACACUGCAAACCUGAUCAGUGGAGAGGGUUUACCGAGUAUGAGACGGCUUUUGGCGCCGAGCAAGCUUUGAGAAUACUAUCAAAUGAACAGCAAACGUGGGAAGGACUGGUAGAAUACGUCAAGAAGCAUAAUGUAGACUGUGACUUGUGGGUAGGAAAGACCCUCGACGUAUUGAUGACGGAUGAUGUUGCGGAGGUUGCUGCCAAUAACUUCUCGAACUACCAGGCAGCUGGUGGAGAUGUCUCCCAGAUAGAGGUAACCACGGACCAGGGUAAAGCGGAAGAGGUACAUCCUUGGAAACUUGUUGCACAUAUCAACCAGCAGUCCUUGGAUCUUGGAUUGAAUCUCCAGACUUGGACCCCGGUCACGAAAGUGUCGGGAUCCGCGAAUCAGUGGACCGUGCACACUGAACGUGGUGAUAUCAGUACACCAGUGGUUGUGCAUGCUACCAAUGCAUAUGCUGGGGCUUUGCUACCCGAGACGAGGGGCGCAAGCCGCCCAUGUCCGCACAUGUGCAACAAAGUCCUUCCGCCGUCCACAUUUGCAGGCUCGAGAUCCCUGAAGAAUUCCUACGCAAUCAUAUACCCAGAAGGAAUGUAUACAAUCAAUGCGAGGCCGACAUCAGACGGCAUAUUGUUAUUCGGUGGCGCAGCCCCAAACCAGAAUAAACUGCUAGACUACGUUGCGAAAGAUCAGAGGAGGAGAAUCGACGAUACUCUUACCAACUUUGAGCCCGUUACAGAAGCGGUACGAACUUUGGGCACAGAGGGAUUCGAAUGUGGUAUCAUCGCGAGAAGUGCCGAUCAAAUACCCUUUAUUGGCGCAGUACCUGGCAAGCCUGGCCAGUGGAUGUGUUGUGGUCACAAUGGUCAUGGAAUGGCUCAAAUAUUUACUGCUGCUCCAGCUUUGGCUAAACUGAUUCAAGGAGCGACUUGGGACGAGACGGGAUUACCAGAAUGUUUCGAAGUCUCGAAUGAGCGUUUAAAUCGGCAUUUAGAUCCGAACUGGGAGCUAAGCGAGGACAAAUGA